AACGUUUAGAUCAUAGUCAGACUGAGUAGUUUGAAGUUUGUCGUGAUCGACUGUAGUUUAAUUAAGUUUAUCCGAUAAAAAUUGUACAAUAUGACUGCUAAUAUUUUAAACAUUGUUUGUGGUCUUGUGUACAUUUUGAUCGUGUGUAUAAAUGCAGCUCCAUCAACAAAAUUACCUAAAGGUUUUAUUCAAUGCAAACUAAGCGAUCCUAAUAUUGACGGAUGUAUAAUGAAUGCAAUCCAAAGUGCUAUUCCGCAUUUGGCAAAAGGUGUACCAAGUUUGGGAAUUCUCAAAAUGGAUCCAUUGCGAAUUGAUAAAUUGUUAAUCGAUCAAGGUACGGGUCCAGUUAGCAUUAAACUAGAUUUUAAAAAUUUGGAUAUUUUUAACAUCAAAUCUAUUAUUUUAGAUAAACUUCAUUAUGACCCAGAAGUUUAUAGUUUGGAUGUUGAGUUACAUCCUACAAAACCUAUAGCUUUGGAAGGUGAUUAUGAAAUAUCUGGAAAGGUAUUAAUUCUUCCAAUUGUAGGAAAGGGAAGAUGUAAAAUUAAUAUAGAAGUUUCAAAGCUUGUUGGCACUGUUCAAACGAAACCAGUACUAAAGAACGGAAACAAACAUUUAGAAAUUGUAAACAUAUCAUGGAAAUUCACAGCUACAAAAAUGAAUAUUAAACUGGAUAAUUUGUUCAACGGAGAUAAAGCUUUAGGAGAUAACAUGAAUGUAUUCUUAAACGAGAAUUGGCGUGAACUUAUAAUUGAACUGCAACCGGCUAUUGAAGAGGUUUUUGGUUCUGCCUUUAAACAAAUCGGUCAACAAUUUUUGAACCGUAUUGCGUUAAAUCAAUUUAUCUAUUUAUACAAGAUGUCUAAUAUAGCUUCUUUUAUUGUGAAGUUUGUUUGUUGUCUUUCGUACAUUUUCAUUGGAACCAUACACGCUGCCCCUUCUACAAAAUUGCAAAAAGGUUUUGUGCAAUGUAGAUUAAGUGAUCCAGAUUUAGGUGAAUGUUUAAGAAAUGAGCUACAAAAGUCUACUGCUUAUUUUUCAAAAGGUAGUCCGAGUCUUGGAAUACUCCCGACGGAUCCAUUGAGAAUCGAUUCAUUAGAAAUAGAUCGAAGUAUAGGGACUCUGAAUAUGAAGUUCAAAGAUCUAGAUAUUUUAAAUUUGAAAUCGUCAAUUAUUAAGGGAUUGACAUUUGAUCCAAAGAACUUUACACUUAAGAUCGAUCUAGUUGCCCAAAAACCAAUUGUAAUGGAAGGUCAAUACGCAAUAAGUGGUAAAGUAAUUAUUUUACCCAUCAAUGGAAAUGGCACAUGUAGAUUUGUUUUAGACAAUUACAAAUCAUUUAGUGUUAUUAAAAUGAAACCAGUACUUAAAAAUGGUAAUACGUAUUUAGAAAUUAUAAGUGCAAAUUUUAAAUUUACUACUUCAAAAAUGCAUUUAAAAAUGAAUAAUUUAUUUAAUGGAGACAAAGUUCUUGGUGACAACAUGAACUUAUUUUUAAACGAGAAUUGGAUGGAAUUGUUACAUGAAAUGCAACCAGCUUUUGAAAAAGCAUUGGGAGUUGCUUUUAUUUCAAUGGGACAAGAAUUUUUUAAUAGAGUACCAUUAAAUCAAAUUUUUAUAGAUUAAAUAUGAUGUAAAUACUUAUCAUAAUCUCAAUAUUUU